AUGGUCCGCUUCGGGGACGAGCUGGGCAGCCGCUAUGGGGGCGCCGGUGGGGAGCGGGCUCGGGGCGGCGGGGCCGGCGGGGCGGGCGUCCCGGGCCCCGGGGGGCUGCAGCCGGGCCAGCGGGUCGUCUACAAGCAGUCGAUCGCGCAGCGCGCGCGGACCAUGGCGCUGUACAACCCCAUCCCGGUCAAGCAGAACUGCUUCACCGUCAACCGCUCGCUCUUCGUCUUCAGCGAGGACAACGUCGUUCGCAAAUACGCCAAGCGCAUCACGGAGUGGCCGCCGUUCGAAUACAUGAUCCUGGCCACCAUCAUCGCCAACUGUAUUGUGCUGGCGCUGGAGCAGCACUUGCCUGACGGCGACAAGACGCCCAUGUCCGAGCGGCUGGACGACACGGAGCCCUACUUCAUCGGCAUCUUUUGCUUUGAGGCGGGGAUCAAGAUCAUAGCUCUGGGCUUUGUCUUCCACAAGGGCUCCUACUUGCGGAACGGCUGGAACGUCAUGGACUUUGUGGUGGUUCUCACAGGGAUCCUGGCCACAGCUGGCACCGACUUCGACCUGCGGACCCUGCGGGCUGUGCGUGUGCUCAGGCCCCUGAAGCUGGUGUCUGGGAUUCCGAGUCUGCAGGUGGUGCUCAAGUCCAUAAUGAAGGCCAUGGUCCCGCUUCUGCAGAUCGGGCUGCUUCUCUUCUUCGCCAUCCUCAUGUUCGCCAUCAUUGGCCUCGAGUUCUACAUGGGCAAAUUCCACAAGGCCUGUUUCCCCAACAGCACAGACACAGAGCCAGUGGGUGACUUUCCCUGUGGCAAGGAGGCCCCAGCCCGGCUGUGUGAGGGCGACACUGAGUGCCGGGAGUACUGGCCGGGACCCAACUUCGGCAUCACCAACUUCGACAAUAUCCUGUUUGCCAUCUUGACAGUGUUCCAGUGCAUCACCAUGGAGGGCUGGACUGACAUCCUUUACAACACAAAUGAUGCAGCUGGCAACACCUGGAACUGGCUCUACUUCAUCCCUCUCAUCAUCAUCGGCUCCUUCUUCAUGCUCAACCUGGUGUUGGGUGUGCUCUCAGGAGAGUUUGCCAAGGAGCGUGAGAGGGUGGAGAACCGCCGGGCCUUCCUGAAGCUUCGCCGGCAGCAGCAGAUUGAGCGGGAGCUCAAUGGGUACCUGGAAUGGAUCUUCAAGGCUGAGGAAGUCAUGCUGGCUGAGGAGGACAAGAAUGCGGAGGAGAAGUCCCCUCUGGAUGUGUUGAAGAGAGCAGCCACCAAGAAGAGCCGGAAUGACCUGAUCCAUGCCGAGGAGGGGGAGGACCGGUUUGCAGACCUCUGUGCUGUUGGGUCCCCCUUCGCCCGUGCCAGCCUCAAGAGUGGGAAGACAGAGAGUUCGUCGUACUUCCGCAGGAAGGAGAAGAUGUUCCGGUUUUUCAUCCGCCGCAUGGUGAAGGCGCAGAGCUUCUACUGGGUGGUGCUGUGUGUGGUGGCCCUGAACACGUUGUGCGUGGCCAUGGUUCACUACAACCAGCCGCAGCGGCUCACCACGGCGCUGUACUUUGCAGAGUUUGUUUUCCUGGGUCUCUUCCUCACAGAGAUGUCCCUGAAGAUGUAUGGCCUGGGGCCCAGAAGCUACUUCCGGUCCUCAUUCAACUGCUUCGACUUUGGGGUCAUUGUGGGGAGCAUCUUUGAAGUGGUCUGGGCUGCCAUCAAGCCGGGAACCUCCUUCGGGAUCAGCGUGCUGCGCGCACUCCGGUUGCUGCGGAUCUUCAAAGUCACAAAGUACUGGAGCUCGCUGCGGAACCUGGUGGUGUCUCUGCUCAACUCCAUGAGGUCUAUCAUCAGCCUCCUUUUCCUGCUCUUCCUGUUCAUCGUGGUCUUCGCUCUGCUGGGCAUGCAGCUGUUCGGAGGGCAGUUCAACUUUCAAGAUGAGACCCCGACAACCAACUUUGACACCUUCCCGGCGGCCAUCCUUACCGUCUUCCAGAUCCUAACGGGAGAGGACUGGAACGCAGUGAUGUAUCACGGGAUCGAAUCGCAAGGUGGAGUCAGCAAAGGCAUGUUCUCCUCUUUUUAUUUCAUUGUCCUGACGCUGUUUGGAAAUUACACUCUGCUGAAUGUCUUCCUGGCCAUCGCUGUGGACAACCUCGCCAACGCUCAGGAGCUGACCAAGGAUGAAGAGGAGAUGGAAGAAGCAGCCAAUCAGAAGCUUGCUCUGCAAAAGGCCAAAGAAGUGGCUGAAGUGAGCCCCAUGUCUGCUGCAAACAUCUCUAUCGCUGCUGCCAGGCCGCAGAACUCGGCCAAGGCGCGCUCGGUCUGGGAGCAGCGGGCCAGCCAGCUGCGGCUGCAGAACCUGCGGGCCAGCUGCGAGGCGCUGUACAGCGAGAUGGACCCCGAGGAGCGCCUGCGCUACGCCACCACGCGCCACCUGCGGCCGGAUAUGAAGACGCACCUGGACCGGCCGCUCGUGGUGGAGCUUGCGCGCGACGCGCCGCGCGGCCCCGCGGGAGGCAAGGCCCGGCCCGAGGGCGCGGAGGCCGGCGAGGGCGCGGACCUGCCGCGCAGGCACCACCGGCACCGCGACAAGGCCCCGGCCCCGGCCCCGGCGGCGGGGGAGCAGGACAGGGCGGACGCCCCGAAGGCCGACGGUGGGGAGCCGGGGGCCCGGGAGGAGCGGGCGCGGCCUCACCGCAGCCGCAGCAAGGAGGCCCGGGGCGAGCGCGGCCGUGGCCCGGGCCCCGAGGGCGGUCGGCGCCACCACCGGCGCGGCUCCCCGGAGGAGGCGGCCGAGCGGGAGCCCCGGCGCCACCGCGCGCACCGGCACGCACCCGACCCGGGCAAGGAGGGCGCCGCGCCCGGGACCAAGGGCGAGCGGCGGGCGCGCCACCGCGGCGGCCCCCGGGCCGGCCCCCGGGAGGCAGGGAGCGCGGAGGAGCCGGCGCGGCGGCACCGGGCCCGGCACAAGGCGCUGCCCACGCACGAGGACGCGGAGAAGGAGGCUGCGGAGAAGGAGGGCGAGGGCGAGGACAGGGACAGGGACAAGGAGCUCCGGAACCACCAGCCCAAGGAGCCGCACUGUGACCUGGAGGCCGGUGAGGUAACGGGUGUGGGCCCUGUGCAUGCAUUGCCCAGCACCUGUCUACAGAAGGUGGAGGAACAGCCAGAAGAUGCAGACAAUCAGCGGAAUGUCACACGGAUGGGCAGUCAACCCUCGGACCUGAGUGCCACUGUGCAUAUUCCAGUGACGCUGACCGGCCCUCCUGGGGAGACCACGGUUGUUCCCAGUGGUAACGUGGACCUGGAAAGCCAAGCUGAGGGGAAGAAGGAGGUAGAAGCUGAUGACGUGAUGAGGAGUGGCCCCCGACCUAUCGUCCCAUACAGCUCCAUGUUCUGUUUAAGCCCCACCAACCUGCUCCGCCGCUUCUGCCAUUACAUCGUGACCAUGCGGUACUUUGAGAUGGUCAUCCUCGUGGUCAUUGCCCUGAGCAGCAUUGCCCUGGCAGCUGAGGAUCCUGUGCGGACAGACUCACCCAGGAACAAUGCUCUGAAAUACAUGGACUACAUUUUCACAGGCGUCUUUACCUUUGAGAUGGUGAUAAAGAUGAUUGAUUUGGGACUGCUGCUGCACCCUGGGGCCUAUUUCCGGGACCUGUGGAAUAUUCUGGACUUCAUCGUGGUCAGUGGGGCCUUGGUGGCAUUUGCCUUCUCAGGAUCCAAAGGGAAAGACAUCAACACCAUCAAGUCCUUGAGAGUCCUGCGCGUCCUGAGGCCCCUCAAGACCAUAAAACGGCUGCCUAAGCUCAAGGCUGUGUUUGACUGUGUGGUGAACUCUCUGAAGAACGUCCUCAACAUCCUGGUUGUCUAUAUGCUCUUCAUGUUCAUAUUUGCUGUCAUUGCGGUGCAGCUCUUCAAAGGGAAGUUUUUCUACUGCACGGAUGAGUCCAAGGGGCUGGAGAGGGACUGCCGGGGUCAGUAUUUGGAUUAUGAGAAGGAAGAAGUGGAAGCUCAACCACGGCAGUGGAAGAAAUAUGAUUUUCACUAUGACAACGUGCUCUGGGCUCUGCUGACACUGUUCACAGUGUCCACGGGAGAGGGGUGGCCCAUGGUCCUGAAACACUCUGUGGACGCCACCUAUGAAGAGCAGGGUCCAAGCCCUGGGUACCGCAUGGAACUAUCCAUCUUCUACGUGGUCUAUUUUGUGGUCUUCCCCUUCUUCUUCGUCAAUAUCUUUGUGGCCUUGAUUAUCAUCACCUUCCAGGAGCAGGGUGACAAGGUGAUGUCUGAGUGCAGCCUGGAGAAGAACGAGAGGGCUUGCAUUGACUUUGCCAUCAGCGCCAAACCCCUGACACGGUACAUGCCCCAGGACAAGCAGUCGUUCCAGUACAAGACGUGGACAUUUGUGGUCUCUCCACCCUUUGAGUACUUCAUCAUGGCCAUGAUUGCCCUCAACACAGUGGUGCUGAUGAUGAAGUUCUAUGACGCACCCUAUGAAUACGAGCUAAUGUUGAAGUGCCUGAACAUUGUGUUCACAUCCAUGUUCUCCAUGGAAUGCGUGCUGAAGAUCAUCGCCUUUGGGGUGCUGAACUAUUUCAGAGAUGCCUGGAAUGUCUUUGACUUUGUCACUGUGUUGGGAAGUAUUACUGAUAUUUUAGUAACAGAGAUUGCGGAAACGAACAACUUCAUCAACCUCAGCUUCCUACGCCUCUUCCGUGCUGCCCGUCUCAUCAAGCUGCUCCGCCAAGGCUACACGAUCCGCAUCCUGCUGUGGACCUUCGUCCAGUCCUUCAAGGCCCUGCCUUAUGUGUGUCUGCUCAUCGCCAUGCUGUUCUUCAUCUAUGCCAUCAUUGGCAUGCAGGUUUUUGGAAACAUUGCCCUGGAUGAUGACACCAGCAUCAACCGACACAACAACUUUCGAACGUUUUUACAGGCCUUGAUGCUGUUGUUCAGGAGCGCCACCGGGGAGGCCUGGCACGAGAUCAUGCUGUCUUGUCUCAGCAACCAGGCCUGUGAUGAGCACGCCAAUGCCAAUGAGUGUGGGAGCGACUUUGCCUACUUUUACUUCGUCUCCUUCAUCUUCCUUUGCUCCUUUCUGAUGUUGAACCUCUUUGUGGCCGUGAUCAUGGACAACUUUGAGUACCUUACACGGGACUCUUCCAUCCUGGGGCCUCACCACCUGGACGAGUUCAUCCGGGUCUGGGCUGAGUACGACCCGGCUGCGUGUGGGCGCAUCAGUUACAAUGACAUGUUUGAGAUGCUGAAACACAUGUCCCCGCCCCUGGGGCUGGGGAAGAAAUGCCCUGCUCGAGUUGCAUACAAGCGCCUGGUUCGCAUGAACAUGCCCAUCUCCAAUGAGGACAUGACUGUCCACUUCACGUCCACGCUGAUGGCCCUCAUUCGGACCGCACUGGAGAUCAAGCUGGCUCCAGCUGGCACGAAGCAGCAUCAGUGUGACGCAGAGUUAAGGAAGGAGAUUUCCUCUGUGUGGGCCAAUCUGCCCCAGAAGACGCUGGAUUUACUGGUGCCACCUCAUAAACCUGACGAGAUGACAGUGGGGAAAGUCUAUGCAGCUCUGAUGAUAUUCGACUUCUACAAACAGAACAAGACCACUAGAGACCAGAUUCACCAGGCCACGGGUGGCCUAUCCCAGAUGGGCCCUGUGUCCUUGUUCCACCCUCUGAAGGCCACCCUGGAGCAGACGCAGCCAGCUGUGCUCCGAGGAGCCCGGGUGUUCCUUCGGCAGAAGAGCUCUGCGUCCCUCAGCAACGGUGGGGCAGUACAAACCCAAGAAAGUGGCAUCAAGGAGUCUGUUUCCUGGGGCACUCAGAGGACCCAGGAGGUACCCUAUGAGGCAAGGACACCCCUAGAGCGUGGCCACUCUGCAGAGAUCCCGGUGGUGCAGCCGGGAAAACCGGCUGUGGAUGUCCAGAUGCAGAGCAUGGCCCUGCGAGGUCCUGACGGGGAGCCCCAACCUGGGCUGGAGAGCCAGGGACGAGCGGCCUCCAUGCCCCGCCUGGCUGCAGAGACUCAGCCGGCCCCUGACGCCAGCCCCAUGAAGCGCUCCAUCUCCACGCUGGCACCCCAGCGCCCCCACGUGGCUCAUCUCUGCAACGCUGCCCUGGACCGAGCCCCGGCCAGCCAGGCUGUGCCCCACCACCACCACCGCUGCCACCGCCGCAGGGACAGGAAGCAGAAGUCCCUGGAGAAGGGGCCCAGCCUGUCCGCAGAAACAGAUGGCGCACCCAGCAGCGCUGCGGGGCCGGGGCCGCCCCCGGGAGAGGGGCCCGCAGGCUGCCGACGGGAGCGUAGGCAGGAGCGUGGCCGGUCUCAAGAGCGGAGGCAGCCUUCUUCCUCCUCCUCGGAGAAGCAGCGCUUCUACUCCUGUGACCGCUUUGGGGGCCGUGAGCCCCCGCAGCCCAAACCCUCUCUCAGUAGCCACCCCACAUCACCGACAGCCGGGCAGGAGGCAGGACCCCCCAGACAGGGUGGUGGUUCAGUGAAUGGGAGUCCCUUGUUGUCAACAUCCGGUGCUAGCACCCCUGGCCGCGGUGGGCGGAGGCAGCUCCCCCAGACUCCGCUGACCCCCCGUCCCAGCGUCACCUAUAAGACGGCCAACUCUUCCCCUGUCCACUUUGCUGGGGCUCAGACCAGCCUCCCCACCUUCUCCCCUGGCCGGCUUAGCCGUGGCCUUUCUGAACACAAUGCUCUGCUCCAGAGAGACCCCCUCAGUCAGCCCCUGGCUGCCGGCUCUCGGAUCGGCUCUGACCCUUACCUGGGGCAGCGUCUGGAUAGUGAGGACACUGCCCGCGCCCAGCCUGAGGACACGCUUACCUUCGAGGAGGCUGUGGCCACCAACUCGGGCCGCUCCUCCCGGACUUCCUACGUGUCCUCUCUGACCUCCCAGUCCCACCCCCUCCGCCGUGUGCCCAAUGGCUACCACUGCACUCUGGGACUCAGCUCGGGCGGCCGGGUUCGGCACAGCUACCACCACCCCGACCAAGACCACUGGUGCUAGCUGGCUGCACCGCCUCCACCACGCACCUGCUCAGCGGGCGCGUUCCAGUCGAUGAGUUUUAUCAUCCAUGCUGGGCUCCCAGGGACGCUCAGGGGCACCGAUACAGGGGCAGCAGCCCCUGGGAGGAGGGGCCUCGCCUUUGGGGCCAGCUGAGGGGAGGCCCCGCUGCUCCCCCUGUCCCCUUUCACGCUGGACCAAUUCCUAAAGCCCUUUUGGAGAGGGACAUGGUUCUCUCUCUCCCCUUGUAUGCUGCCUGCCUGGGUCUCAUACCACAGACCCUACAUGGGAAGUGGCUGCAUGUGCUGAGUAGGACCCUGACAGUCUGAAUCCUGUGUGAUGGAUCCCAGCAUCUGGGGUGUGUGCCUAGAGCCAUUUUUAGGAGGUCUGAAUCUUGUGGAGGCCAUCCUUUAUUCAAGUGUGUGGUACAGAGGAGCCCAGCAUGUCGAAAAGCCUGGCAAGACAAGACAGUUGACGGUAAACAGCAGCCUUGGGAGCCGGCCUUUGGCUCCAUUCAAGUCUUGUCCGCGCCCACAGACACACACACACGUUUUGUGCGGCAUUGCUCUUUGUACCUGGAACAGCAAAUGGACACUAGAAAUACACUCACACACUCUCUGUCCUCUCCCAGAUGCUGUCAACCCUGACAGGGACCAAAUCUGGAAACCAUUCUUGCUGUUGGUUUUGGUUUUUAAUCACGACACCCUUCCCUCUUUUGUCAAUUCCAUAUACUUGACCUAGAAAAAAAACAGAAAAAUGAGGAAGGAAAUAGUAAUAUAACUUUAAAAAUUUCAACUUGUAGGAAGCUCUCAGCUCUUCGGUGUGUGUGUGUGUGUGUGUGUGUGUGUGUGUGUGUGUGUGUGUGGCUUGUGCGAGGCAAUGCUCUUGUGUCCAGCCUGGGUGGUCCCCCAGCGACCCCUGGCUCCUGCUGCUCUCGACCAAGUGCCUGACUUCCGAGCCCUCUCGUGCCAGGCUCCUGGGGGCGGUGACGUGAGGCCUGUGUGAAGCGUGGGUGGACUUUGUGGAAACCGUUCCAAAUAUCAACCAAGUAGAAAGCUGCUGUCAAUGGAGAACACUCAUAUAACAUCCAGGAGGAGGUUGUAGGUGGAAAUGAAAUGACCAUUUCCCCAUUUUCCUCCCACCAGUGGAAGAGUUUCCUGGGAAACCACAGAGCAGGGUAGAGCGUGUCCUUGUGUGUGGGGUUUCAGUUUGUUCUACAUCUGAAUCUCAGGGAUGGGAUGCCUUCCAAAGGGGGCAUGAUGUCUGUUGUCGUGAAAGUUUCUUUUCAGAUAAGGCCAGAGAGAGGGAGAGGUGGUGGGAAGAGGGAGAAU